AUGAUAAAUAAAUGUAAAGAAGAAUUAAAAAAAGAUGUAUUUGCUAUAGUCACAGACAAUGAAAAUAAAAUGAAAAGAAUGAAGCAAUUGCUACAAGAAAAGUAUCCAGAUUUAGUUGUAUAUGGUUGCUCUGCACAUUAUGUGAAUUUGAUAGAAAAAGAAGUAACUCCAAAAACAGUUAUGAAACAUAUUGUAGAGGUACAAAAAUAUUUUAGAAAUGUGCAUCAGGCGCAUGGAUGGCUCAGAGAAAAGAAAGGGCUCAUGCCACAAAUUCCAAAUGAAACGAGAUGGAGUUCUCAUUCUGCAUGUGUUAGAACAUUUGUUUCAAAUUACCAUUUAUACCGUCAAAUUUCUACUGACAAUGAUGAUUUUGAUAAUACCAUUGAAAAAAUAUUAAAUAACGUUGGAAUCUAUAGGGAAGCACUCAACUUACAAGACCAGCUUAUAUCUGUUUCAAAUUCAUUAGACAGAUUCCAAAGUGACAGUACAUCUAUAUCUGAUUCAGUAGAUGUAUGGAAAAAAUUGUUAGUAAAUGAAAAUUUACUCCCUUACAAACACUGUUUUAUAAAACGAUAUAAACAAGUCAUUGAACCAUAUCAUUUUCUUGCGUAUAUGUUGGACCCUCAAUAUAUAUUUCAAAAUUUAUUAACGCCUGAAGAAGAAUCUGUGGCAGAAGAUUGGAUAAUUUCAAUGUAUCCCCAUUUCUUCCCUGCAGUUAUGGCUUUUAAAAUUCAAGAUGAAUCUUAUUUUCCUAAAACUAUGUUUAACUCAAACAUUUUAAAAGAAUUUAAAACUGUACAAUGGUGGCGUAUAAUGGAAAAAAAAUGUGAUAAAAUUGAAAAUGUUCCUAAUGACUUUUGCAAGUUUUUGAUAUCUUUACAUUCUUGCCCAGCUUCAUCUGCUUCAAUUGAAAGAAUAUUUUCCACAUAUGGACUUGUAUGGAGUGAUUUAAGAAAUCGUUUAGGUUCAGAGAAAGCACAAAAACUUGUUAAAGUUUAUCGCAACUUAAGUUGUACCAAAAGUCAAAACCAAAUAAAUUAUACUGAAGACUAA